UUUAAAAUGCUUCAUGUAAUAAGCACAUAACUGAUGCUUUUUGAAGAGCACACUUCAAGUGCUUUUGAAAUCCAAAAUCAUUUUUUUUAUAAACGCUUUCACUCAUUUAAAAAGUACUUUCAAACGAGUUAAGAAAUUCUCAAAACUAGUGCACUUUCGAUUUUGUAGUGGCAACAUGCAGACGACGUCGUAUAACCGUGCCCAGAUGUGCAACAAUUGCAAUUUGCAAUAGAGCGCUUUACGUCUGUGUAUAAAGAUCCCCUGUUUCCUCUCAAUUCAGCUCAUAACUUCGAUAUUCUGUUCGUGUUCUUCGUUCCCUCAAUUCUUCAGCUCGUCGGAAAAAAUGGACGCCAUCGAUUCAGUGUUCAGUCCGCUGAGAGAGUUCUCGAAGGACAGCGUCCGCCUCGUGAAGCGCUGCCACAAACCCGACCGUAAAGAGUUCACGAAGGUGGCGCUCCGUACGGCGAUCGGAUUCGUGGUGAUGGGAUUCGUCGGAUUUUUCGUGAAGCUGAUCUUCAUCCCGAUCAACAACAUCAUCGUCGGAGCUGCUUAGGUCGUUUGGCACUUUCAAGUAGAUGAAAGUCUGGCAGUGAGCGCUAAGGAGGGCCAAGAUCUACCAUCACGAUCUACCGUCACGGGCACUGUGAUGUUAAUCAGUGUUUUAGACAUUUGUUUCUUCAGAGCUAGUUGAAAUAAUGUUUCUGAAGCAGUUGAGAUUGUACUCUCUUUAACUUGUUCUACCAUAAUUCAAAGCAUUUAGCCAUUUAGAA